AUGACACUGGCGUCGCUGUGGCACAACUCGGUCGUACGUCUUCUCCUGCUCGGGACGCUGGACGACGGAAGCUCGCUUCAUGGGCUACGAGGCCAGAGCGAUAUUCUCAAGGCCAUCGUCGACCAUCUCCAUGCGAUUUGGCGGGCGCAACUCAAGGCUGACCAGCGCGGCUACGUCCUGGGCGGCAUUCGAUUGCUACCUGGCGACAUUGACCGAGACGAGGUGCUUCGCCACAAUUCAUUACUCGUAGACUUUCCACCGCCGCUCACGCACCUUGUUGACGGCGUCGAGCAGCCAAAACCAUUUCUCAUCAAUAUGAUGCCCUUCGUCAUUGGCCAUGCCGAACGACGCAGCCAUACGAUCGGUUCCAUCGGGUAUUUUACGAUCCACGAAGACAUUGUCGAGGCCGACACAUCCCAACGUCGUCCGGGGCUCCACGUCGAAGCGCCGUCCGCUGCCAAGCUCCAGAAUUACCUGGGCGCUGGCGAAGCGCAACACAAGUGGGCAGAGAUUCGCUGGGGACAAGGCUGGACUAUCUACCACGAGCUCCAAGGUGGUAUUUACAUGGCGUCGACGGUUGCAAAUUCCUGCGGGGUCUGGAACACGGUCGUCGCAGAUGAAAACGAUAUCGUCGGUGCCCACGGCGACGUGGAUGUCCUCCACGGUGUCUUGGACCGUGAGCGUGAUGACUACUACGAGCCGCAAGCCAAUGAGCUGUACUGGAUCACAGAUCGGACGCCGCACGAGUCCCUUCCGGUGACUGAAACACAGUUUCAGCAGUACUUCCGCUUCGUUACGAGCAACAUCUCGCACUGGUUUGCAGAGCACUCGACGCCCAACCCACUCGGCAUUCAGCCGACGGCCGCGAUCGUCUACGGCAACAAGUUUACGGGUACCUUGAUGACCGAGGUGUCGUUGGUAGAGGCCCUAGUCAUGGCCUAG